ACCAACUAAAGUAACAAAACCCAUGACUCCAAGGAAACACAAAUUCUAUACAUCAUACCCAUCUCAAGACCAGAUCCCCUCUCAUUCCACACACACCCACAUCCAAAAAAGAUGUUCUUCUCUUACAUAAGAGAAGGCUGACAGAAGUAAGAGGAGGAGAAGAACAAGAAGCGCUCAAUUAGAAGAAGAAAGAGAGCCAGGAGAUAAAGAGGAAAUCUCCAAAUUUUGAGAGUGUUCUUUGCGUGUGCAAAUGGAGCUUUUCCCAGCACAGCCAGACCUAUCACUCCAAAUUAGCCCACCAAAUAGCAAUCCCACACCAAGUUGGAGGAAGGCGAAUGAGAACCUGGACUUAGGGUUUUGGCGAAGAGCCAUGGACUCCAACACCACCACCACCACCAACCCCUUCACCACCACCAGCAAUCUCCACAGCAUCACCAACCGAUCUAUCGCUGAGCCCGAUAACACUGCCUUCGAGCUCUCCUUAGCCCACCCAAGUGCCAUAGACUCCACCACCAUGAGUAACAGUACUCUCCUCCACCAUCCCCACCACCACCACCACCACCUGCACCUCCACCACCACCACCACCACCCCUUAGUUCAUGAAGGCUACCACCAAGACCUUGGCUUGAUGAGGCCUAUAAGGGGAAUUCCGGUGUACCAACAUCAACCUAAUCCCUUUCCUUUAGUCCCACAGCUCCAGCAGCAAAGCUUGUGUGAUUCCUCCACUGCUACUAAUUUCUUUCCCUUUGCGUCGCGGUCGAGGUUCCUGUCGUCGAGGUUCCCGGUGAAGCGGAGCAUGAGAGCGCCAAGGAUGCGGUGGACAACCACACUCCAUGCUCGCUUCGUCCACGCCGUCGAGCUGUUGGGAGGACAUGAGAGAGCCACACCAAAAUCAGUUCUUGAGCUCAUGGAUGUUAAAGAUCUUACCUUGGCUCAUGUGAAAUCGCACUUGCAGAUGUAUCGGACCGUGAAGAAUACUGAUAAACCAGCAGUUUCUUCAGGCCAAUCUGAUGGGUUUGAGAAUGGAUCAACUGGAGAAAUUUCUGAUGACAAUUUGCUUGAUCUCCACAAGCACCGUGGAGCAGAACCGUCAGCUCAGCAUGGAAGGUCAGCUAUGCACCAUGGAAACAAUUACGGUGGUCUAUGGAGCAAUUCUUCAAGCAGGGGAGGCUGGUAUAAUGGCAUAGCUAGUGAUUCAACCACAGGGAGCAUGCAUUCCUUCAAGAAGGACAUGCAAUCCAAAAGCAUUGAAAUUUUAUCAGAUGUCAACUCUUCAUGUCUAUCGGAGACAUCGAGCCCAAAGAAGCCCAGUCUUGAGUUCACGUUGGGAAGAUCGCACUGAUUUAAAGUGCUCCCUCAAACCAUGAUUCUAUCAGCUGCUACAAGUAUCCUAUGCCAAUAUAAGGAUCACAAAAAAGGGGAGGGGGAGGGGGAGGGGGGAGGGGGGAGAGAGAGAGAGAAGAGACCAUUGAGGCAAAAGGAAAGCAAAAGGAAAGAGAAGGAAGCCAUUGAGGUAUGUGCAUGUGUGUGAAAGCAUAUCUUUGAUGCCAAAGCUGAGAAAGCCUAGCUAAGCCUGUGCUCUACAAAAAAUAUGAAGUUCAAUUGGUUCAGAAUUCUAGAGAAAGAGAGAAGGUUUUCACUUUUUACUGUCAUAAAGCACAAAAAAGCAGGAUUUAUUCAUUCU